AUGUUGCAAAUGCAUUUAUAUGUGGCACCUCAGUGUAUCUCAGUGCACGUGGGUCAGGCUGGUGUCCAGAUUGGCAAUGCCUGCUGGGAGCUUUAUUGUCUGGAACAUGGGAUCCAGCCGGACGGACAGAUGCCCAGUGACAAGACCAUCGGAGGAGGAGAUGAUUCCUUCAACACCUUCUUCGAUGAGACGGGAGCUGGAAAGCACGUCCCCAGAGCUGCUUUUGUGGAUCUGGAGCCCACUGUCAUCAAUGAGGUGCGCACUGGGACCUACCGCCAGCUGUUCCACCCUGAGCAGCUGAUCACUGGGAAGGAGGAUGCUGCCAACAUCUACACUCGUGGACACUACACCAUCGGCAAAGAGAUCAUUGACCUGGUGCUGGACAGGAUGCGCAAACUGGCUGACCAGUGCACCGGCCCUCAGGGCUUCCUGGUUUUCCACAGCUUCGGAGGUGGCACCGGCUCUGGUUUCACCUCCCUGCUGAUGGAGCGUCCGUCUGUGGACUACGGCAAGAAGUCCAAGCUGGAGUUCUCCAUCUACCCAGCUCCACAGGUGUCCACCGCUGUGGUGGAGCCGUAUUGAUCUCUGAUCUGUGCCUCUGUUGUUGUUGUUAUGUUAAAAAAUAAAGUUUGUUCAUUGACUGCAGUACUGUUUACUUGA